CUAUCCACCGAACACCAGCGGCGGCGGCGGAGACGGCGGCCACGGCGGAGGAGGAGGGAGAGGGGUCGGGGGCGAUGGCGUCGGUUGCCGCGGCGGAGGGCGCGGCGGCGGCGCUCCGGUCGGUGCUGUCCCGCGCGCAGCAGGCGGCGGCGCGGUCGGGGCGGGCGCCGGAGUCCGUGCGCGUGGUGGCGGUGAGCAAGACGAAGCCGGUGGGCGUCAUCCGCGGCGUGUACGACGCCGGCCACCGCUGCUUCGGGGAGAACUACGUCCAGGAGCUCAUCGACAAGGCCUCCCAGCUUCCAGAGGAUAUUGAGUGGCAUUUCAUCGGGAACCUUCAAAGCAACAAGGCCAGAGCCCUCCUAGCUGGUGUACCAAAUCUUGACAUGGUCGAGAGUGUUGAUGAUCAGAAGAUUGCCAAUCGCCUUGAUCGUGUGGUAGCUGACUUGGGAAGAAAACCCCUUAAAGUCUUAGUCCAGGUCAACACCAGUGGAGAAGAAUCGAAAUUUGGAGUAGAUCCAUCAGGAUGUGUAGAGCUUGCAAAGCAUGUCAAAUUAGGCUGCCCGAAUCUCGUGUUUUCUGGUUUGAUGACAAUAGGGAUGCUUGAUUACUCCUCAACUCCAGAGAAUUUCAAGGCACUGGCUAAUUGCCGGAAAGAGGUGUGCAAGGAGCUUGGAAUUCCAGAGGAGCAGUGUGAACUGUCUAUGGGCAUGUCUGCUGAUUUUGAGCAAGCGAUUGAAAUGGGAAGCACAAAUGUUAGAGUUGGAUCGACUAUAUUUGGUGCAAGAGAAUACCCAAAGAAGAAUUAGGAUGGUUAUGCGAUCAGGUUUUGCUGCGACAUAGCAUGCAUAGAAUAUGUAUGAUUUUGCUUUAACAGUUGGAAAGUUGAUAAUAAAUUAUCCAUUGAAACUUCAGCUUUUUGCACCAUUUGGAAAUAAUAAGGAUAUCAGUUUGCCUGAGUGCCUAAUCUUUUAUUUAAAAUAUUCAGACAGCA